CUGUAGCGUGUUAAUAGUUUACCGAAUUUAUAGACGUGUCGCCGUCAUUUUAGAAAAUAUUUCCGAAUCGCGUAUUUUUACUGAAUAUCUGCCAAUUUCAUUGAAAUAUUAAAAUGUUGUAUAGUGUGGCAAUAUUCUUGAUUGCGAUUCCAUUCAGCAGUGCCCUUUAUUUUCACAUCGGAGAAACAGAACGUAAAUGCUUCAUUGAAGAAAUUCCAGAUGAAACAACUGUUAUAGUCAACUAUAAGGUUGAGCUCUAUGAUCCGCGAAGCGGAGGAUUCAUGCCUUCCUCACCUGGCAUAGGGAUGCAUGUUGAGGUGAAAGAUCCAGAUGAUAAAACAAUUCUUUCCCGGGUAUAUAGCUCCGAAGGGCGUAUCUCUUUUACUUCGCAUACUCCUGGGGAGCAUGUGAUCUGCAUGUAUUCAAACAGUACAGCUUGGUUCAGCGGUUCCCAGUUACGGGUGCAUUUGGAUAUACAAGUUGGUGAGCACGCAAUUGAUUACGCUAAUGUUGCACAAAAAGAAAAGCUAACCGAAUUACAACUUCGGAUUCGUCAACUGUUGGAUCAAGUGGAUCAAAUAACUAAAGAACAGAAUUACCAACGGUACCGUGAAGAGCGCUUCCGUCAAACCAGCGAUAGUACCAACCAACGUGUACUUUGGUGGUCUCUAGCUCAAACACUUGUUCUAGUCACAAUGGGUUUAUGGCAGAUGAAACACUUGAAGAGUUUCUUUGAGGCGAAAAAACUUGUAUAGUUAAAUAAUAGUGUUGUUAUUUGUAAAUUCUAACACUCAAGUUUGAAUAAAUAAGAACCACGCAAUGGGAAGUGCUAGUAAACUAAAA